AUGUUCAGCAUUAAAUGGGAUGAUAUGGACCUGGGUGACGUAAGCUUCAGCGACCUGGCUGGUAGUCGCGCCCCCGCUCGCGUCAUAGAUCAUGAGAAUGUUGCGGUGCGAAAGGCAGCUGUAAAGGGCACUGUUGAGAUUAUAGCGGACAUGAUUUUAGAAGCGAAGGGUAAUCUAGUGUUUCUAACUGGGGCGGGGAUGUCAGCCGCGUCUGAUAUACCUACUUUCCGAGACCCCGAUCACGGUGUCUGGGCAACACGUGAUCCCAAACAGUGUGGUACUAAAGAGGCCUUUGUGCAUCACCCAGAGAGACUCUGGACUGUUUUGAUGGACGUGGUAGGCCCGGAGAACGACCCCAAGCCCAACUUGGGUCACAAAGCGCUCGGAGAUUUAGAAGCUUUGGGCUUCACAUCGACCGUGGUCACGCAGAAUGUUGAUGACUUGCACGAAAACGCAGGUAACAAAGAUGUCAUGCACUUGCACGGCAAUCUGUGGCGAACUUUCUGUGUAGCGUGUGGGUUGCAAGGGACAAACACGCACGAGUUAUUGCGCACAGUGAAGAAGGUGGACUUGCCACCGCGCUGCGAUCACUGUCACGGGGUGUUGAAGCCCGACGCGAUUUUAUUUGGCGAGUUAUUAGACAAUAGUAUAGUGGAUCGGGCUUCCGAUUUGGUCAAGCACACACCGCUAUUGUUUGUGUUAGGUACCAGUGCUAGAGUUACGCCUGCGUCCGACUUUCCGAUCAUGGCUGCAAAUCAUGGGGCGAAGGUGGUGGAGAUCAAUAUGGAGAGAACUCAAUUGACAGACACAUGCGUAGAUGUAUUCAUGAAUGAACCUUUAGAGGUAGUGCUACCGCAGAUAGUUGAGCUGGUGAGGCAAAAACAUUUAAAAAAGGAUCCUUUAGGAACGUCGAUGUUCACACUUCUGUCGUCGGUACUGAACGGGUCAUCGAAAAUGCCGGAGUGA